UCGCUGUGGCAGUGGGAGGAGGAGGAAGUGGGAGUGGCAGCUCGGCCUGCUUUAACCCGGGCUCAGUUAUUUACACCGAUACCGAGCAGGUCCAGACCCACCUGCAGCUCCUCACCUCCCUCCGGUCCAGUCUCACUCUGACGGGACGUCUCCUCAUGGCGCUGCCGACCCUCCUCCACUCCGCCUCGGUGGUUCUCCGGCAGGUGGAGCCGCUGAUCGUGCUGGAGCAGCUGGGCAGCUCCUUGUUCGACACCGCGCUGUCCAUGGUGGUCAAGGACCGGGGCGCCAACGCCAGCUACCCGGACCGGUCCCGGGAGGAGAGCCAGCAGAAAGCCUUCACCGACUUCUACAUGACCUACAACCUCAUCAUCCGCUUCGUCCCCAUCCUGCCGGCGCUGCUGCUGGCGCGGCUCAGCGACCGCGGCUGGAGGAGAGCCGCGCUGGCGGUGCCUCUGAGCGGCUACCUGCUGUCCAGGAUCGCGCUGCUGCUGCUGCUCGUCUUCCGGCUCCCGCUGGAGGUGAUGUUCGGGGCGGCGGUCGUGUUCGGGCUGUCCGGAGGGUUCGGCGCCUACUGGCCCGGCGUGAUGACUCUGGCGUCGCUUGGCUCCACCGCGGAGGACCGGUCCAAGGUGAAACAGGUCCAAAGUGAGGAUCCGGAGGAGAACUGCCACCUCCUGACCUCCACCUCCGACAGCCCGCCUGCUGCUGAGCCUCCUGCUCCGGUCGACAAGGUGACCGUGGUGCUGCUCUUCGUGGCCGCCUUCCUCUACGACUUUGCGGUUGGCGGCGCCGUAGAGAUUCUGGGCGCCUUCGUGCUGAAAGCACCGCUCAGCUGGACCGCAGCUCAGGUGGGUUAUGGGAACGCCGCCGGCUGUGCGAUUUUCCUCACCAGCUUCCUCGGCGUCAUCGUGUUCCGUCGCUGCGUCAGCGACGUCAUGCUGAUCCUCAUCGGGAUGAUGUCGUUCGCGUCGGGGAUGUACUUCAUGUCCUUCGUCACGACGACCCUCAUGUUCUACCUCGCUCGCUCACUCAACCUGUUUGCUCUCAUCCCGAUGACCACCAUCAGAGCUCUGGUGUCACAGCAGGUUCCAGCCUCCUGGUGCAGCACUGCUCUCACCUGCCUGCAGCUGACUCUGAAGUUUGCCGGUCUGGCCUACAUCCCCACCUUCACUAAGAUCUACCAGGGAACCCUGGACUGGUUCCCGGGCUUCGUCUUCAUACUCGCCAGCAGCGUCACAGUCCUGGGAAUGAUACCCAUCAGUAUCGUCGGCUGCAGAUUGGGUCGGAGGCGACAGCACGAGACGAUUCAGGAAGACUGAAGCGGCGACAUCAUCACCAGCCGCGAGUUAUAUUGGCAGACGGGAACUGAGACUUGAAACCGUUCCUUUGAUGCCACUUCUGCAUUGUUGAAGCUCCAGCAGCCACAUUGGGUUUCCUUCAGGCCCGUUCUGGCACGAGAGGAACACGCAGUCGGUUCCGUGCUUCUGUGAGCGUUUUGUAAAGGCUUCUAGAACCCGUCCUGUGUGGACGGACUGGGCUCCGUGUGGGAACAGCUCAAACUCGUCUGAAGAGAAGUUCAGAACCUCUGAACUUGUGACAGAAAUAAAAGCCGACGUCAUCGGCCGCUCCACUUGGUGCCAGCUGCUUGAAAAAGACCGAAGUCGUCACCGCCGGCGAUUUCAACAUAACGGAGAUUUGUCAGCGGCAUGAACAGUUUCUGCUGGACGUCUAGUUUUUCUGUUUUUUCUAACUGACUCAACAUUUUUAAUCUGGUUUGCUGCUUUGAACCCUUCUGAGCAGCGAUCUCACUCAUUUCACACAGAACACAACAUAUUUGAUGCAUUCUUGGUUCUCUUUAGUUUAUUUAUCUACUUGGUUCAACAGCUUUAGUUUUAAUCGUGCUUCAUGGAUCCUCAGCUGUCACAAGCACAGGAACACGUUUUAUCAAUGUCCCGUUAAAUAGAAAUAAACUAAACUUUGGAGGUUGUUCCUCUGCUGCUGUGAUUCAUCAGUGGAGCUAAAUUAAUUAUUAAUGCAGCAACAAAACGAUCUUAAGAGUCCAGUAUUGAUUAACAGUGCCCCAGCAGCGUAGCAACACAAUGAAAUGAUCAGAACAGUGAUUCUUCUGCCUCAGUGCAUUCUGGGAAACCGUCCGCUGGGCUAACGAGGUGCUAAGUGACGGAGCGGCAGCCCCGGAGCUGGUCGGUCAGCUGAUUGUUUUUUUUGGAGGGAAAAAACCAUCUGACUGAUUUCACUUCUUACACACCGACCGCCACAGAAACCAGAAUAAAACAGUUUGUGGUGUUUUGGACGACAGCUGACUUUCAGGAAACGCUCUGAGUGACGGGAAACGUAGCUCCUAUUUUUAAAAAUCUCUUUUAUAUUUAUUUUUUAUUAUCCAAAUCGUUGACUUACUUUCUGUCUUAUAUUCCUUUUUUAUUGGUGUUUGUUGGUUUUUAUGCUUAAUCAGUUUGUGAAGCACUUUACCGGUACCGGACUGUUCUAGCUUGUGUGAUUUUUGUCAUUUUAAUCGAUAAUAAAACUCAAAAUAAGAAACCUAGCACUGUACAUUUAAACCUACAGCGGAGCAGGGCUUCAUGGUCUGAAGGGAACUAUUAUUGGAACUAUUUUUGUAUUCUGCAUUCAUUUAUUUUUGCACUUUAAUUUGCUGUUUCUUAGUUUUAUGGAAUAAAAGGUACAACUUC